AGGGUUGGUUCACUGGUUUCUUGCUCCUUCUCUCGUCGCAUCGCAUAAGACGUUCGAACCUUUUCUUUCAGGAUAUUUUUGUUAUCUGUUUAUUGUAGGGUUGCUUUUAUCGCGUUCCCGAUAAUGAUAAUCUUGUCUUUCUACACUGUCGUUACCUGAAUAUUUUUGUAUAAGCCCAUCUAGUCGUCUUUCUAUUGCUUCAGUAGUGCUUCGACUCUCUUAGCAGUAUGGCGCCUCGUCUUGGUCUACUUGAUCGCUUUUUAUCCAUCGCUGAAGUGCGUUCACGUAAUGUGAAAAGUAGGGAGGAUGGUGUGUUGUUCCGUAGUUUGAAGGUGCGACAUUGGAACAUGUCAGUGAGAGAGCGCCGCGGCGCUUUGUGCCGUAUAUCUACUGAAGCGCAGUGGGCGAUUCCUAUUGAAAUCAUGGGUGGGGUGGUGGUCGCUCUUGUGAACCGGUCCGACUCAUCUGUAUUACUCUUCGACCCUUGUCGGAUAGCUGAUACGACGCUUAGGGCUCGUAUUUUGUGGCUUAUUCAUGAUCAUUCCAUGUUGAAAUCUUAAAACUCAUGUCCAUUUCUUUAGAGUAAGAUACCGUUGACGUCGACUCUCUAUUUCCAAAUUUAUUUUUUCCCGGAUAUGACGUACUAUUCCCCUGGACUUGACUUUCCUUUCUUUGUUGGUUGAACUUCAUGGGACAAUUCGGAUGUGGUGUGGUUAUACCCGGUAUUCCCGACGUCGCCUUGUACCUUCAACGCCAAUCCCCCCCCCUCCUUAGUAGGAGUGGGGUGUCACAAAGUGAAUUUUUGUGACGGAUAGAGAGCCGUCGUCCAGCAUAAAAUUAGCGAAAUUAUUCUAUUUUAGAAUAGGAAUAGGAUCGUCUGCCAGAUAUAUUUUGUUAGAUUUGUAGUUGUGUAUACAUUAUCACUAUCGCCGUCAACCCCCUUUAAAUUAGCAGCAUUCGUAUCAUCUAAACGAUAAGCGGCUACCGAGUCGGGCCAGUAUCGCUCUUCAUGAAAUUUCUGGAAUAGAAAUAUUGUUUACCGGCCUGAAUUAGUGUAGUAAUUAGUAUCAGUGUCGUCAUUAGCUGCACCCUU